AUGGCGGACUAUCAAUACAGUUCCCAAAGCCCCCGGCUUCGAUCUCCAAGCCAGCGAUCCUCCCAGACUCUAUCACCUCGCCAGCUCUUCAGUCCUAGAUCUCCCGUGAUCCCCGUCCCUCCUACCACACCCAUGACGCCCAUGACGCCCAUGACGCCCAUCAACCGCCAAUCUCCCCGAUCCCCAAUGUCCCCGCGCCGAACGGCUCAACUCCCAGUCGUCGAGGAAGAAGCCGACGAGACCAGACUCAAGCCUCAUCAUCUGAUCGCCGUCAUGCUCGCAAUCCUCAGUAUCUGGCUCCGAAUCGACUAUUCCCUCGCAAACACCGCGACCGGCCAGACGCCCGUGGUCUGCUACCUCCCUCUCUCCUCCAACCUGGAGAAGUGCAUCUCUUCGUCGACGUUCCGCAGCGCUCACGGCGGUCGGAAAGGGGUUACGGCAGACCCGUCGCACUCGUCUUCUCGCGCGCAGUCGUCUGAGAAUAGCGACUCGCCUCACUGGUUCCCCGAGUUGCCACCGGUGCACCACCCGAAGACCGGCUGGGUGAUCAGCGAUGGACUUGUAUUCGGGGACUACGUCGCGAUCCUCGAUGAUCUUGGAGCGAGGCUAGCUGAUAUCCCAGUCGCGCUGGUGAAGCAGAGCGGGUCGCUGACGGCACUGGUGAUGGCCUACCGCCUGCCAGAUGAAGCGUCCGAAGAGAAGUGGAAACUCGUUGGGAAAGAGGCCCACGAGAGGCAGCAUCGCAUCAACGGAGCGCUUUUUCGCGUCAGCGAGAAGAUCGGGCGCGUAGCUGACACGGCGCGGAUCUGGACCGCGAUGGCCCUGAAGAGGCUCCGCACGUCGGACUUUGGAGUCGAAGUGUCGUUCCAAGGGCCCGAGGUCACGACGCAGCAGAAGGUGGUUGCAGAUGCUAGAGCGACGUUUACGGCCAUGCUGGAGAUUUUUCGUCGGCUCAAGACGGAGGCCCUGGUGGAGACAGUGGGCGAGGCCCUAAGAGAUGUCGAGGGCUUGCAGGGUGAUGUCAAUUUGCUGGCGAACCCCGAUGGAAAGCUGCUGGAGGGUAAAGAAGUGAGGAAGCUGGGGGAGGGGGCUUAUUGGGAGAGGAAAUUGGAGAAAAUAAAGUCGACGAGUUUGAAAGUGGAGGAGGUCGUGGGAAUUGCGGAUUACUAUCGCAAAUUGGACGAGGCGUAUAUGGCUUUGUUCAAUAUUAGGAAUGCGCUGGUGGCGUUGCAGACUGUGUGGCGGGAGUUUGAAGAGGGAUUGGCGAGUGAGAAGCCGUUGACGGAGGAUUGGGAGACGCUUGAGACGCUGAAUGCUAGGGUAGAGGGGUGGAAGAGGUCGCUUGAGUCGUUGGAAGGGGCCAUGAAGGAAAAGCACCAGGAGGUUGCUAUGGAGUAA